GGGAGGGGCGGUCCCAAACGGGUCAUUUCCAUUAAUAGAGACCUCAAACACCAUCUGCUAAAAAUACCCAACUGGAGGCGCAUAAAAGCGCGACCCGGCACCGCGGCCCGCACUUCUCCGAGCGGACGUGCAGAGCAGAGCCAGCCAGCAUGACGGAGCGCAGCGUCCCCUUCUCGCUCCUGCGGCGCCCCAGCUGGGACCCCUUCCGCGACUGGUACCCGCACAGCCGUCUCUUCGACCAGGCCUUCGGGAUGCCCCGGCUGCCGGAGGAGUGGUCGCAGUGGUUCGGCACCAGCAGCUGGCCGGGCUACGUGCGCCCCCUGCCCCCCGCCGCCGUGGAGGGCCCCGAGGUGGCCGCGCCCGCCUACAGCCGCGCGCUCAGCCGGCAGCUCAGCAGCGGGGUCUCGGAGAUCCGGCACACGGCGGACCGCUGGCGCGUGUCCCUGGACGUCAACCACUUCGCCCCCGAGGAGCUGACGGUCAAGACCAAGGAUGGCGUGGUGGAGAUCACCGGCAAGCACGAGGAGCGGCAGGAUGAGCAUGGAUUCAUCUCCCGCUGCUUCACCAGGAAAUACACGCUGCCCCCUGGCGUGGACCCCACCCAGGUCUCCUCCUCCCUGUCCCCUGAGGGUACGCUGACCGUGGAGGCCCCCAUGCCCAAGCCAGCCACGCAGUCCAACGAGAUCACCAUCCCCGUCACCUUCGAGUCGCGGGCCCAGCUUGGGGGCCCAGAAGCUGCGAAAUCCGACCAGUCUGCAGCCAAGUAAAAGCCUUAGCCCGAAUGCCCACCGGUGCCGCCACCACUGGCCAUGCCCCCCUCCCCACCUGUGUUCUUUUGAUACAUUUAUCUUCUGUUUUUCUCAAAUAAAGUUCGAAGCAACCCACCUGUCA